AUGUCUUUUAGACGAACAUUAUCUUUAUUUAAUCCCUUUACCACCAUACGGUACGAGAGUAGACCCGCGUUAUGUCAUACCCUUUCUUUUGCGUAUUCAAAAAAGCAUUUUAUCAAUUUUCGUUCUUAUUCAAGUACAACGAAUUUACCCAAUAAAGUAAAAUUAUUAUUAAGUGAAAUUGAAAGCACGAUAGCGACCGGAGGGGUCUCUAAAGGAAUUAAACAAGUUGUCGGAUCUACAUAUGGAGGAAAUUAUCGAUUAAAAUGGACAGAAACUCCUCGCUCCGUCUUGGUCGUGAAAAAGCCAUUCACUGAAUCCACUAGCGAAGCUUUCGUGGAAAUUUUAAGUUGGUUACGUGAAUCUCAUCCUGAUAUAAAUAUCAUUGUUGAACCCGAAGUAAUUAAAGAAUUUGGAAAAGAAUUAUCGUAUGUGAAUGUGAUUCCACAAGGACAACAAGAUGAAUAUGCACGUACUGUCGAUUUUGUUAUAACAUUGGGUGGAGAUGGAACAAUUCUUCACGUUUCAUCGAUUUUUAAUAAAUGCGUUCCACCAGUCAUUUCAUUCUCGAUGGGAACAUUUGGAUUUUUACUUCCAUUUCGUAUCCUUAAUAAAUUCAUAAUUAAAACUUUUUUAGUUAUUGGAUGGGUAAAUUAUAUCGAUAUAAAACAUUACAAAACUGCAUUAGAAGAUAUGAUUAAAGGUGGUGUCUCAUUAUUGCUUCGAAUGAGACUUUCUUGUUCAAUAUGGACUGCAGAAGGGCAAAGGAUAACGAAGAAUGGCAUUGAGAUCGAUGAUUUGCAAGCCAUGAAUGAAGUAAAUUUGCAUCGGGGUCGUUAUCCACAUCUCACCGCCAUCGAUUGUUUUGUGGAUGGACAAUUUCUAACGGAUGCUGUGGCGGAUGGGUUAAUUGUUGGCACACCUACAGGUUCAACAGCGUACUCAUUAUCUGCCGGAGGACCGAUAAUACAUCCUUCUGUUCAGAGUCUUAUUAUCACUCCUAUUUGUCCAAGAUCACUUUCAUUUCGACCCGUUUUACUUCCAUCAGGUGUAAGGAUUCAAUUAAGGAUCGGCGAAGAAAGUCGUGCGCCAGCUGAAGUUACUGUAGAUGGAAGGGAAAUAUUUAUGUUGAAUAAAGGAGAAUACUUGGAGGUACAAAUGUCACCUUACCCAAUCCCUUGUGUAAACAGAAUUGAUGAAGGCGUUGAUUGGGUUAAAGAUAUUAAUGAUUUAUUGAAAUGGAACCAAAAUUUUGUAAAUAAGCAAUUACUUGUACAUGGAUUCUCAUAG